AUGCUUCAUAGCAAUUUUUCAGCACAUCGCGGAUAUUGCGAUAGUGGAUGGACCUACUUCAACGAGACAGAAGCUUGCUAUAAGAAUUUUUUCUGGGCAACCUUUCAUGAUGCCGAGAACCUCUGUAAAAAUUUUGAUGGACAUUUGACUUCAAUCCAUAGCUACUCAGAAAAUUCUUUUGUAGCCGAGCUGGCAAAAUCAGGUCUUAGAAUGACUGAUAAUGAACAGUCAACUUGGAUAGGCCUAGUACGAUCUAACCAUCUAAAUAGCAACUGGACAGAUGACUGGAUGUGGACUGACGGCACGAAGGUUGACUUCCUAGCAUGGGCUCCGGAUGAACCAAAUAAUUGGAAAGGAAAACAACGCUGUGUGCUGGUAUGACU